AUGGCUUAUAAUCGCAGUAACAGAUUUCCACCAAAGCACAAAUAUUACAGACUUCUUGAUCCUGGCGCAUACCAAAUGGAAAAUUCUUUAAUGAUACGCCCUAACAAAGUCCCAUUUUUGUCUCGGAAACCUCGAAAUACAGCUCCUGGAGGUCCUCUGUGGACUCACGCUACUUAUGAUUUGAAUUCGUUGCAUAAAAUUCCAAACUGCACAUCACUAAAAUCCAAAUGUCCUCGAUUUCCUUACGAAACGUUUAGUAAAGAAGACUUAAAAGUAUUGUUAUGUCGUUGUGGUAUAAGUGAUGAAUGUGAAUGCUCGUCUGAAACCAAGGAAUCGAAGCAAAAUAUUUUGUGUCAGGAAAAAGUUCGUAAACGUAUAGUCAUAGGACCAACGCCUAAAAUUAAAAUGGAUGAAGAUAAAAAGCGUUUUCUAAUUAAAAAAGAAGAAAGUCCCCCUUUUUAUAAUGCUAAUGUAUACUUUUCAACUGAUUUUUACCAUGGAUGCAAAUGGAGCAGUUGGACAGGAAAACGAAUAGUUAAGUCUUUGGAAAAUAGACCCGGGCCUGCUGAUUAUUAUUAUGUGAAAAAACCUACGAAUUACGAAAUAUGCAUUGAGAAGUUAAAAGAAUAUAAACGUUUAACAUCUAGACAAUUACGUUUCAUAGAAAUGGUUCAAGCACGUGAUAUUUUAGAAGGCCGGCCUGGACCUGCUUCAUACAGUCCAGAACACCCUAAAGGAUAUGUUGCGCAAUAUUUAGGAGCAAAGGCAGAUAGAUUUUUAAGACAUGACAUUGAUAGAGGUCCUGGUCCUACAGAAUAUGUUGUGAAGCGAACGUUUGAUCUUCCAAAACCACCCGAUGUAUUUUGUCAUGCUAAACUACCUGAACCAUCAUUUUUCGGUGUAAAGGCACAAAGAUUUAAGCCAAAAUAUGAAGAAGGUCCAAGUCCCGCAAGUUACAAUCCAACUUAUAAGCCGUGUAAAUUUAUGCAUUGUCCUACGGCUCCUUUUGGAUCUUCUUCUAUCAGAUUUAAAAAAGCUCCUUUGGUAGAAGACGAGCAUGGAGAAUUAGCAAUAGAAGAUGAAACCCGACCGAUGGAAGUAGACACUAGAGAUCCUUGUCCUAGACCUACUUGGCUAUUUAAGUCCAAAACUAUACGAAUGAAACCGCUCAAAAAGAAACCAAGUGAACCAAGUCCUGGGGACAUGCCACAAACCAGGAAGAUUGCACAUAGAUCACACCAGUUACAAUUUUUAGCUCCAUUCUACACUUCGGAGGGUCGUUUUCAGCCAUGGAAAGAUUGGAUGCCUGUACAUGGGAGUGUCAAAACACCAGGACCUUGUUAUUAUGAAUGGGAUAAGCCAAAAUGUUUUCCAGCUGUUACAAGUGGCCCUCUUCAAAGGUCGCCGCGUUUUCCAAAAAUACCAAGUAUUACUCCGGCCCCCAAUCACUACAACGUAAGCGGUGGUAUUGAAUGCGUGUUAGCUACACACAAUCAAAAGUUGAAGGAAAAUAUAAAAAAUCAGCACACAUUCAAGUGGGAACCGCCUAAAGAAGCAAAUGACUUAGACUACGAAGAAAGAGAAAAAAUGUUGUUAAAGAAAUCAAUUGCUUUAUUGGAUAUUGGCUUUGAAGACGAGAAAAAAGAAGAGAUUGCUAAAGGAGAUGAAACAAUCGAGAGUUUAUCUGAUAAUGAAAUUAUUAAUCGGAAGAAAAAAUUGCGUAGUUUUUUCUACGGUCAAGAAAUACCUCUUUAUGUAUAG